CAGCUCCUCUCCAUCCGUGUGUUUGCUGUACAUCAGAGAGAUCUCAGCUGUUGGGGAAAAUAUGGACCUCGACAAGAUAAGAAACUUGAGGGAAAAAUUUACUGUGAGGAGGGACAUCAUCAGAGAGUUUUUGGCAGAAUUGCUUGGGACAUUCGUAUUAAUACUUUUUGGUUGUGGUUCAGUGGCCCAGAAUGUCCUUAGCAGAGGAGAACAGGGAGAAAAUCUGACCGUCCAUUUUGGCUUUACUCUAGGCGUAAUGCUGGCUGUGUACAUGGCAGGAGGCAUAUCAGGAGGACAUGUGAACCCAGCGGUGUCUCUGGCUAUGGUUGUCUUGGGGAAACUCCCAAUAAUCAAAUUCCCUGUCUAUGUGGCAGCCCAAUUUGUCGGUGCCUUUCUUGGGUCUUGUGCUGUCUUCAUUCUGUACUAUGGUGUCUUCGCAGAUUUCGGUUAUAAAGUGCAGGGUAAUAACGCCACAGCGGGUAUUUUUGCGUCAUACCCACGAAGUGAUCUCUCAUUGUUUAAUGGAUUCAUUGAUCAGGUGAUUGGUACAGGGGCACUGGUCCUCUGCAUUCUAGCCAUUGUAGACAGGAAGAAUAUUGGGGCUCCUAAAGGGUUGGAACCACUGAUCAUUGGCUUGAGCAUCAUGGCUAUCGCAGUGUCCAUGUCAUUUAACUGUGGCUAUCCCAUCAACCCUGCCAGAGAUUUUGGACCGAGGCUCUUCACCGCUAUUGCAGGAUGGGGACUAGAGGUGUUCAGUGCUGGAGGCGGCUGGUGGUGGGUUCCAGUUGUUGGGCCUAUGGUGGGCGGUGUGGUCGGGGCUUUGAUCUACUUUCUGAUGAUUGAGCUGCAUCACCCUGAGACAGAGAAGAACUUUGAGGAUGACAGCAGUUAUAAAGAUAAAUACGAAAUGAACACUGAAAACUAAUGAGAGAGAAAAGUCGAGUAUCCUGCUAUUGACCUCGAGCAUGAAGCUGUUAUUUGUUGCACACUUUUUUUUCUGUCUUUUCCUCCAGACAUCUUUGACUCUGUCAUGGAUCAAAGAGCAGAACUGUGUGCUGUGUCUAUGUUUUACUUUUUACUUGUCUAUAAAACCAAUAUCAGGCAGCUAUGAAAAAUAUCACAUUACUAUAUAAUACUUUACAAAUGUACAAUUUAAAUUUUUUUGUUUGAUAGAGAGGCACAACAAUUAGAAUUUGGUUAGAAAAAUAUUGAAUACCAGAAUAUGGAUAGCACAUUCAUUACAGAAGGUGUAGAAAACGUAUGAAUUAAACAUGUAGAGCCAUAAACAUUUUCUGUGAUAGAGUUACCGGUAGUCAGGACUCUUUUCAUUUUAGCUCAUGGAAAAUAUCUACUGCUUUCCUAAAGCAGAUAUAGAAUACUAUAUAGGGAUGCACAAAAAUGUCGGCAUUGAAAAUGGCAUUAUUGAUGCAUAACACUCAUUUCUUAUCCAAUACAUCAAAUGUGCAUAAAAUUGAAGUGAUGAUAAUCCAGCUAAUGACAAAACUGGUUGGCAAGCAAAUCUAAAAGCUUGUGGGAUGUUCUUUUACUGCAAUUUAGGAGACUUUCAUCACCUUUGACAGUAGGUGCUUAAGAGGAGGGUUUUAUAUCCCUGGGUUAAUUUCAUGGAUUCAACUGUUUUCUCAGGUAUUCCAUUUUUGUUAAGACACAGGCGAUUUGGUAGGUUAUAUAUUUUAGGUGCAGGAGCUAUAGCACUAGAUAAGGGUCUUUCUUUCUUACAAUUUUCUACUCUUUUUGUCUUUUCAUGUGCAAUAGAUGAAUGCAUGGGCAAUCAACUGCAUGCACAACUGCUAAGGUAACAAGCAUGAGAUAAAAUGACAAAAGUGAAAAUGCAAGCUAAAAACACCUGCCAUACACUAUUGCUUCUAAGCAGAAAUAUACGUGUAUUUACCCUAGAGUAUCUAAAAAAGGUAUAUGAAAUGUGUCGGGUUGGUCAAGUUAUGAUGUUAUAGUUGGAAUUGUUUAACCUGUUGCAUUUGUUUUAAUAUUUGUCAAUUUUUAGCACUUAAAAUUAUUAUAUUUGUAUGUGUUAUUUGUACAAUUCAAAGAUUUUUUUAAUUAGAAAUGUAUUUUUUAUCUCAGUCAUUUCAAUUGAUGUUACCUCUUUCAAAACUUUUUUAUUAUUAUUUACAUUCUCAUAACUGAAAUAUUUCUU